AUGAGCGGCUUACAAGACGACAAGUACGCGCCUCACGCGACGAUUCCAAUCUGCGAGGAGAAGGACGUCGAGAUCAUUAUCACCCACAACAUUGGGGACUUGACAGACUCUGAGAAAGAUGUCCCAACAUCAGGAGUCAUGUCUAGUCAAGGUUUCCAAACCGACGAUGAGUCCAGCAGCAUUAGCAGCGGGCCAGAGAAGCAGGGCAUGUCCAAGGCCCGUAGCAUCGCUCUUGUCACCACCGUCAGCGGCGCAAGCUUCAUGAACACUCUAUCAGUACAGGCCGUGGUCAUCAUUCUCCCCACGAUCGGUCGAGACAUUGGCAUCCCAGAGUCACGUCUCCAAUGGAUUGUCUCAGCCUACUCUCUCACCUUCGGGUGCUUUCUCCUCCUCUGGGGCCGUAUCGCCGACAUCUACGACAAGCGUAUCAUCUUCAUUGCGGGAACUGCCUGGCUCGCCGUCAUGACCAUUGCCAACCCAUUCAUCCCUAACGAGAUCGCCUUCAACGUCUUCCGCGGCUUACAAGGUCUGGGCGCCGCCGCCAACGUACCAACAGCUAUCGGAAUCCUUGGAACAACAUUCCCUCCCGGAAGGGCAAAGACGUAUGCUUUCGUCGCCUACGGAGCUGGUGUGCCCCUAGGAAGCACCUUUGGCACCAUUCUCUCUGGCUUCAUCGCCGAGUAUGCCAACUGGAAGUGGGUGUUUGGCGUCAUGGCUAUCCUCGCAGGCCUAGUUGCAGUCGCGGGCGUCUUCUUCAUCCCUCCAGUCGUACCCAUGUUGCCAGAGAAGGGUGCCAGCGUAAGAAAAUCCGUCGACUGGAUCGGUGGUGGUUUGAUUACCGUCGGCCUUCUCGCUCUCAUGUUGGCUCUGACCGAGGGCAACGUGGUUGGCUGGAGAACGCCUUGGAUCUCGGUCCUGAUUGUCGUCUCUUUCAUCAUUAUGGGCGUCUUCUGGUUCUGGCAGCGUUACCUCGAGUUCAAGACAGAUCGCCUACCCCUCAUGAAGACUUCCAUCUUCCACAGCGGCAAGUUCUGCGCCGCGCUCGCCAUCAUGGCCAUGUUCUUCGCCUCAUUCAACAACUUUCUCAUCUUUGCAACCUAUUUUUACCAGGACUACCAGGCUAGGUCCAUCCUCACGACAACGCUCUACUUUCUUCCUACCGGUAUCGGUGGGAUCAUGGUGGCCUGGGCUGCUGCGCUCCUCAUCUCACGUGUGCCUACUUACAUCCUCCUCGUAUGCGGCAACGUCUCAGUCUCCAUCGCGUGUUUGCUCUUCGCAGCACCAAUCCCUACGAGCACAUCAUACUUCGCCUAUGGACUACCUGCUAUGAUCCUGUCAGUCAUCGGCGCGGAUAUGGCAUGGCCUACCCUGAUCUUGUUUGUCUCAAAGGCCCUGCCCCAAGAGGAUCAAGCUCUUGGCGGCGCGCUGGUCAACUCUGUGGGUCAAGUUGGCCGGUCUAUCGGCCUGGCCAUCUCCACAGCCGUCCAGACAGCCAUCAUGGCAAAGGCCAGGGGUGUAUCGGUUGAGGAAGCGGGCCCGAUGUUGGAGUGGGACCAGCCGUCGUUGGACGGGCUACGGGCCGCCAACUGGAUGAACUUUGCGCUCGGCAUCACUUCUCUUACGAUUGUGAUAGUAUUCUUCCGCAGCUCAGAGAUCGUCGGCAGGGCCGAGCCCUCUACGGCUGGAAAGUCAGAGGCUGAGGCUGCCGUCGCGAAUGGGAAUGAUGCGAACAUCGAGAAGAGAUAG